CCCGCCCCGCCCGCGCGCUCCAGAGUCCAGAGUCUAGCACAAGCAAAGGCAAGCGCAGCGCGGCGACGCAGGCACGCGACGAGGAGAAGGCACUUACUCUUGUCAACCGAAGCGCGCGCCACUCCGCCGGCGCGAGCAAGCGCGCGCCCUCUCGCUCGGUUGGCCACUGGCGGCGUCGACCCGGCCUCGGGCUCUCGCCUCUCUCCCCCCUCUGCUGGUGAUCGGAGCGACCUGCCGCUAGCUGCGUCGGUCUGCUGCCGACCGCCGCCGUCGUGUCCAUGGCCAUGGCGGAGCGGUUCGGAGCUCGGUGGCUGCCGUUCCGCUUCGUCCUCGCCGUCGCGCUCCUCGUCCUGGUGACAGUUGCAGACCGAGCAGUGAUGAUGAGGGCUGGGGCGACUCCGAUCGGCAUCAACUACGGGCAGAUCGCCGACAACCUCCCCUCCCCGGCCCGGGUGUCGUGGCUGCUCCGGUCGAUGCAGGUCAGCAAGGUGAAGCUCUACGACGCGGACCCCUACGUGCUGGGCGCCUUCCUCGACACCGGCGUGGAGUUCGUGGUGGGCAUCGGCAACGAGAACGUGUCGGCGAUGGUGGACCCGGCGGCGGCGCGCGCCUGGAUCCAGCGCCACGUGCAGCCGUUCCUCCCCGCCACGCGCAUCACCUGCAUCACCGUCGGCAACGAGGUGUUCAAGGGCAACGACACGGAGCUCAAGGCCAACCUGCUCCCCGCCAUGCAGUCCGUGUACCAGGCGCUCGCCGCGCUGGGCCUGCAGGGCCGGGUGAACGUCACCACGGCGCACUCCCUGGACAUCAUGGGCAGCUCCUUCCCGCCCUCCGCCGGCGCCUUCCGCGCCGACGUCGUGCCGUACAUGCAGCCCAUCCUGAGCUUCCUGUCCAUGGCGCGGUCGCCGUUCCUCAUCAACUGCUACCCCUACUUCGCCUACAAGGCCGACCCCGGCAACGUGCCGCUGGAGUACGUCCUGUUCCAGCCCAACGCCGGGGUCACCGACACCAACACCAGGCUCAACUACGACAACAUGCUGUACGCCCAGGUGGACUCGGUGUACGCGGCGAUCCAGGCGCUGGGGCACGCCGACAUCGACGUCAAGAUCUCCGAGACCGGGUGGCCGUCCAGGGGCGACCCCGACGAGGCCGGCGCCACGCCCGAGUACGCCGGGACGUACACCGGCAACCUCUUGCGGAGGAUCGAGAUGAAGCAGGGCACGCCGCUGCGGCCGUCGGUGCCCAUCGACGUCUACGUCUUCGCGCUCUUCAACGAGAACCUCAAGCCCGGCCCGGCAUCCGAGCGGAACUACGGGCUCUUCUACCCCGACGGCACGCCGGUCUACAACGUCGGCCUGCGGGGGUACCUUCCACCCAUGGAUUACUCGCGAGGCACGAGAAAGGCGGUUCCUCUACUUGCCCUCAUCCUCAUAGCAGUUGCUGCGAUCACUCUCAGCUUAUCCUGAGAGGAUAUACAGUUGACAAUUGCGUUAAAGUUGAUGAAGAAAGCGUGGAGCCCAAGGAUCUCUUGCUGCUGGGAUUACACCAGCAGACCCGCAAGGUAAGAACCUUAUCCUGUAUUCCCACGAUCCGAUCCUCUUGGAAAGAACACCUGGCAGCUAGCCAUCUACCUGCUCCUUUCCUGACUACAGAAAAAAAAAGCUUUAACCCAAAUUACUCUGUACGACACCACAUGUUCUGGUGAACUUAUGAUUUUUAUCACCCACUCCACAAAAUUGGCGAUUCCUUUAAGCUUGGACGACAUUUCAUUAGGAGCAUAAGCUUGUGUCCUUUUUCUAUUUCUAUUCUCCUACUACUAGUCUAUCAACCCAUGCUCCCGCACGGGCUAGUUAGAGAUAUCUAAUAAUUAUUUAUCUCACGCUCUCUUUAAUCAAUUAAAUAUUCUAAUCCAGUAUUGUAAAAAUACAUAUUUAUCAUUAUGUAAUUAUAAUAAAUGUGAUAGAUUCAGUUACCAACAAUUUUUUCUUACUUUGCAUCAUACCUCUAUAUAUGUUUGAUAUGCAUUUAAUUGAACACUUUACCUGAGCUAUGCGAACAACAUGAAAAUUGAUAUUCUUAUCUCUUCUCUUAUACAUGAAUAUAUGGUGACACACACAUUAUGGUUAGUAUUUUUAUAUAAAUAAUAAUAUAAAUAAUAUAUUAAUAAUGAUAGACAUAGUAAUUUAGAAUUUUAUAUUGAUGCGCUUUAAGAUUUUAUUAUAAUAAUAUAUAUAAUUUUGAUUCAAAUUUGGGGUUUAUUUUAACUUUUUAUUAUGAUAUCAUUGAAUAAUAUAUACGACAACUUAAGGAGUUAUUUGAUAUUAUUUUAUAAUGGCAUAAGUGGGUAAUUUGCAUGAAGAUUAGGGAUUAUUUUAGAUUAUUUUUUUAUAAUGGCAGAGUGGGUAAUUUAGAUACAUAUGUAGGGGUUACUUUAAUCUAUUUUCAUAAUGGCAAAGGUGAGUAAUUUAUUAGAAAAAAAUAACAUAUCAAAUGACUAUUAUGAUUAGAGUUGCCGAAUUGAUGGCCAGAUAUUUCUGAUUUUUGUGAGAAUUUGUAGGAUUUCUCUAUUUUAUUAGACUGUCCACCUAGGAUCCUAGGUGGCAUCACCUAAAGGCUUCAAAAAGAGCCUCCAAUUAGUAAUAGUAAGAUGCAGUCUAGCUUCAUAGAACUAAGUAAGGGACAUGUUCCAUCAGGGAAGCUCCGGAAGAAGAACGUCAUCAGCAAUGAUUUCGAUUGGUGCAGACUCACACAGCCAGCCAAAACAGAUGGAUUGUUUUUUUAGCAUCCAGGAGCCAGAAUUGGCUCCACACUGACAGUGAAGUAGAACUGACUGAAGAUUGGAGGACGACAAGUGGCUAUUGCACGCAUUGUUUUUUUAAUAGAAUUUUCUCUUUGAUUUAUUCUGGAGAUGUCUUCUUUACGCAACUGUACAUUUGUAUAUGGUCGAACAGACAGGACAUUAAUUCAGGUCAUGGCUAGCAGGUGUUACCUCACACGUAGCUGUUACUGUUUUUCUCUUCCAGCUUCUGCCUUCUGGACAUGGGCAUCUGCAAAUAUGUUUAAACAGCGCCA